GAUGGAGCUCUAUUGUUUUCAAGCUGAAAUAAAUAGUACAGGGUUUCCAUUAGCUUAUCUACUUUUAGAAAAUAAUGGUAACUGUGACGAGGGAAUAUGUACUGCACAUAUUAAAAGAGCAGUAAUGACAAGAUUACAAAGUAAUAAAGAAACUAGAGAUGCUACCUUUAAUCUAUUGUCUGAAUUUGGUACCCAAUUUCUAUUCGAUGGUAUCGAACAAUCAUCUAAAUUCUGUCCCAAAAAAUAUCAUGAAGAAAUUUGGAAGAUGAUGGAAAAAUAUCUUCACCAACAUCUAUUAAUCCCUUCGUGUGAUGGUCAAUUUAUGACUGGAACAUUAAUACGAGAUAUUGCCAUUCAAGAGACAUAUCAUUUUUGCAAAGAAAGAGGAUUAAUUUCUCUUUGGCGCUAUCUGUGGUGUGAAUGGUAUGGAGACCAAUGGUGGCUAUUAUGGGCGAGAUCAAACUGUGAAAAUAAAAUAUUAAUAUUAAAAACUACUAUGAUUGUGGAGGGGCAUUGGAAAUGGAUAUGUGGAUGUCCCUAUUAUCUUACUAGUCGUUUUGGUAUUUGCAAGCAUUUGGUUCAGCAAAAAGGUGCAGUUACUAGUGAUUUUUUUGAUCGUAUUAAAAGAAAUCACCAGCUUCCAUUUUUAACAGAAUACGACUAG